GAGCAGGCGCAGGUUGGGCAACGCUGGGCUGGGCGCUCGUGGUAGCGGCAGGUAGCGCUGUGCUGCGAGGGGGACACUUAUAACCCCUACGAUCGUUAGGGGAAGGCGGUUGUACGCAUGCGCUCGCGGACAGCGUCUCCGAACCGAGCGUAAACGCCGCUGUGCAUGACGCCCGUUAACGGGCGCGAUACCAGACUGCGCCUGCGCGGGGGCGCGAGUCCCUUCCCUCUCAAGGGCAUGGAACCUGUUGCAAGAAAGAUCUUCAAAGGAGUUCUACUUUUGGAAGUGGCUGGGGUUGCUGGAGCAUAUUUACUAUUUUACAGAAUGGACACAAGUCAAGAUUUUAGACAUACAAUGAACAGGAGAUUUCCAUCCAUUCUGGAAGUUUAUUACAAAAGCAAUGAAUGGGCUGGAGUUUAUGGAAUAAGGGAGAAUGACCAACUGAAAUGGCUAAGCAGCAAAAAUUAGAAGCCUUUGUGUUUGAACUGUUUUUUCUUCUUGAUAAUAUUUUUCACAUCUCUGUUGUGAAGCCAGUUGUCACGCUCUGCUUCCCACUUGAGCUGUUUGACACCUACAAGGGAAGAGGAGGAAUGACAAAUAAGAGGUGGUGGAUAACUGAUGUAUCCUUUGAACACUGUUUGGAAUUUGAAUAAAUGAUAAGACUAAUCUACCCCCAAAUUCAUAACACCAAUAAAGUGUGAACUAUUGGAUUUUUCACCUCAGAAGAAAUUUUUCCAUUUUGCAAAAACUGUUAUACUUGAAACCUUUUGGGCCUGUUUUAAAAGCACACAUUUUAGAAUUGCUUUCAUGGAUCCUGUGUUAUAGUUUGCAUUAACACUAUUGUUUAAGUAGAAUACUCAAUGUUUAGGAUGGGAGCCAUCAAAUUUUUUAGACCAGAGAAAUGAGUAUAAGGCUUUGUAUUAAACAGGUUUUAUCUAUUUGAUUAAUCCCACUUUGAAAAGUAGAUUUUUUACAGAUUUAGAUUUGUGGGGGAAAACUGUUUUUGCUCCAUAUACACCAAAGCUGGGGAAUGGUGUGUUUGGCUAAACCUUGGUUACAGCAGCUUUUAUACCAGAAAGAUUCCCAUCAGAGAGAGUUAAAUUACAUAAUUUAGAAUUAAGUAUUUAAUGAUGCAAGUCAAAAGCUGCACAUCAUUUUGCAAAAUGCUUGCAAGUGCUGUGAUUAAGUACAAUUAAAUCUAGACUAGGGUGAGUUCUUAAAAACAAGUACAGUUGUAUUAUACAUCAUGUAUCUACAUAAAGUUAUACUGGAGUAGUGGCUGAAUUAUUUUUUGUGGAUUUAACUUCAUUUUAAAAUGGCAUACACAGUUUAUUUUUAAAAAUAACCAAGCAAUGACUUUCUUAAGGAUUGUGCAUAGGUACUUAUUCAAACAGUGUAAGGGUAUAGUUUGUUUAUAGAACAUGUAACUGCACUUACUUGCAUUAUCUUUGUUAGCCAUUGCAUUCAUACCAAUGUUGUCAAACUUGGACUUAACAUUUUCAUCCAGAAGAGUGCCGAACUUUAAAGAGAGAAAAAUAUUAGUAUUUUCUUUAUGGAAAGAUAUACAUGGGCAAAAUGUGAGAUCAAGCAUUUUUUCUUAAAUUAUAUAUACUAAAUCAGAUUUACCUCUUCUGCAGCAGCAAGCAUGCCCAUGUCUUUGAGUUUUCUUUUCUUUUGCUGUUUUGAUCCUUCAAAUAAAUUAUUGAAAAUUGUAAUCAGCUAAAAUUCUACAUUUUCCCAGGCACCACCACCAGACAAAAAUUCAUCCUUUAAUAAUUGUCCAAAGUGUCUGAUUUCUAUUAAUGCUCCUAGAAAAGCAUUUAAUAUUUGUAAUAUAUAUAUAUAUAUAUAAUAUUCCUAUUUAAUACAUCUAAGUAUCUAGAAUGUAACUAGAAGAUAAAGGAUUUCGCUAUCAUUUCAUUGCAGGGAGAGAUGUGUGAACAGAUCGCUUAAUAAAGUAACAAUAUUGUAAUAGCAACCUAAAGACCCAAUCAGGAUUAAAGCCCCCUAGUGCAAGGUGUUGUACAAAGAAAUAGUCCCUGUCCUGUCCAGUUUACAGUUCAAGUGAUAGAUGAAGGGUCAAGGACUACACUCCAAAAUAUAAUAUGAAAGUGUUAACAUGUAUAUGAAAAUUUAUAAAUACUAAUCUGAUAUUUCCAUCUGUCCCUUAAGCAGUCAUUAAUUGGCUGACUUCUAAUCAAUGCUGCAGCAGAAAUGGGUCUUAGAGUAAUACUCUUCUGGAGUCAUUCAGGGAGAAGAUUUCAAUAGCACUCACUAGCAUCCAGAAGGAACUGAUCUCACAAAAGUGGUCUGCUAGUGUUUGUAACAAAAAUACACUAGACAGUUUUAAAAUCUACCUAGUUUGGUAUACAAAAAUUGGGGAUUAGUUUCUCUCUGAGAGAAGGGAUGGCUGAUAAGAUUAGGGAUUGUGUGCCAGUAUUUUUUUCCUCCCAAAAAGGAUUGCCUCACUAAAUUCACGGCCAUGAAAACCAUGUCAUGAAUUGUGGAAAUCUGGUCUUUGAUGUGCUUUUACCUGAUACUCCCCUGUAAAAUCUGUAUAAACCAGUGUUUCUCAAAUUGGGAGUCUAGAACCAAAAAGGAGUUGUAGGACAUCACAAGAUUUUAGGGGGUUGUGGUAUUGCCACCCUAACUUCAGAGCAGGGCAGCUGGAGAGUGGCUGCUGCUGGCCAGGAGCCCAGCUCUGAAGGCAGCACCGAAGUAAAGGGGGCAAUACCAUACCAUGCCACUCUUACUUCUGUGCUGCUGCUAUCAAAGCUGGGUAGUUGGAGUGGCAGCUGCUGACUGAGGGCCUAGCAGUUUUGUUGAGAGUUACGAACAACCUCCGUUCCCAAGGUGUUCAUGACUCUGAUGUUCUACUGUAUGUUUUUAGCUCUCAAACUUUAAACAGGUGGGAUACAUUGACUAACACACCUUUUAACCAAAAUAUUAAUCUGUGUUUGUGUUAAUCUAAUUAAAAAUCCUUUCCCUUA